CGUUACAGCAAUGGGGAAUCGGAUGUGAUGAUUGGUGGGUUCGGUGUGGGCUGGCCUAUCAGCGCUGCGAGUAUUUCCCCACGCCGUCGGAUUGGCUGACGUCAAGGCGUGCGCUUUGUGACGGCGUUCUCCGCUGCCUCAGCAUUUCCGGACUGCAUUUCCCGACUUUCCCCGCGGGUGACGCGCCGGUCCCGUGACUCCGCCUCGCUCCUCCCGGUCAGUGGAAAAGAUGGCGGACGAGGAGGGGGACGGGAUCCAUUGUGGGCAGCGGAACGGGGGCGGAGGGUCGGGCAGUACCGGGGGCCCGAGGGUGGUUCGGAUCGUCAAGUCCGAGUCCGGUUACGGCUUCAAUGUCCGCGGGCAGGUCAGUGAGGGGGGGCAGCUGCGCAGCAUCAACGGAGAACUCUACGCGCCCCUCCAGCACGUGAGCGCCGUGUUACCCGGGGGGGCCGCCGACUCCGCCCACAUCCGCAAGGGGGACCGGAUACUCGAGGUGAAUGGGGUGAAUGUGGAAGGAUCCACACACAAGCAAGUAGUGGAUCUGAUCCGAGCUGGAGAGAAGGAGCUCGUCCUCACAGUCCUGUCUGUGCCACCCCACGAGGCGGAGAACCUGGAUCCAAGUGAUGACUCCUCGGGGCAGUCGUUCUAUGAUUACACCGAGAAGCAGGCGGUGCCUAUUUCCAUCCCCACAUACAAACACGUGGAGCAGAAUGGGGAAAGGUUUGUGGUAUACAACGUGUACAUGGCCGGCAGGCAGCUUUGCUCCAAGCGAUACCGGGAAUUUGCCAUUCUUAACCAGAACCUGAAACGGGAGUUUGCCAACUUCACCUUUCCCCGGCUGCCAGGGAAGUGGCCGUUCUCUUUAUCGGAGCAGCAACUGGACGCUCGCAGGAGGGGCCUGGAGGAGUUUCUGGAAAAAGUGUGCUCCAUACGUGUCAUAGGGGAGAGUGACAUCACGCAAGAGUUCCUGUCCGAAUCAGAUGAGAAUUACAAUGGGGUAUCUGACGUGGAGCUGCGCGUUGCCUUACCGGACAAAUCCACAGUAACCGUGAGAGUCAAAAAGAAUAGUACAACAGACCAGGUGUACCAGGCCCUCACUGCCAAGAUUGGGAUGGACGCAAUUACAGCCAAUUAUUUUGCACUCUUUGAGGUCAUUAAUCACUCCUUUGUCAGGAAGCUGGCCCCCAACGAGUUCCCCCACAAGCUAUAUGUACAGAAUUACACCUCGGCAGUUCCCGGGACUUGUCUCACUGUCAGGAAAUGGCUGUUCACCACCUCAGAAGAGGCUUUGCUGAAGGACAAUGACUUGGCUGUCUCUUUCUUCUUCCACCAGGCAGUGGAUGAUGUAAAACGAGGCUACAUCAAGGCAGAAGACAAAUCUUACCAGCUGCAGAAGUUGUGUGAGCAACGCAAGAUGUUAAUGUAUCUGAAUAUGUUGAGGGGCUGUGAUGGCUAUAAUGAGAUUAUCUUCCCGCACUGCUCCUGUGACUCCCGCAGGAAGGGACACGUUGUCACCUCCAUCAGUAUCAAGCACUUCAAACUGCUGGCUUGCACCGAGGAGGGACAGUUAGAGAACCAGGUGAUUGCAUUUGAGUGGGAUGAGAUGCAGCGGUGGGACACAGAUGAAGAGGGAAUGGCGUUCUGCUUUGAGUACGCCCGAGGAGAGAAGAAACCCCGAUGGGUGAAGAUCUUCACUCCCUACUUCAACUACAUGCACGAAUGCUUCGAGAGGGUUUUCUGUGAGCUGAAGUGGAGAAAAGAGGUGGAAGAAGAGGUGACAGACAAGGACAAUAAGAAUUGCAGUAUUGACAGUACAUGCAGCAAGAACAUCUUUCAGAUUGUACGGCUGCAGCAGAAGGACACCAGCACCUAACACUCCUCUCUGUGACCAAGGACUGAGCCCCGCCCUUUUUCCUUGCCUCGGGGUGGAGCUCCGUAACAGUGUAACACAACAUCCAAUCGGCUUGGCCAGAAAUGAGACAAAUGGAGUCACAAGUGGUGCGGCCCCUGGCUCUCCGUGUGGUGUAAUUCAUUGCAGGGAGUUGGGGGAGCGACUGAAUUUACACACAUACAAGCAUUUUACCUCCCGUCAGGAUCCAUUUCAGUGUCCUUUAACUAUUUGAGCAAAGUCAGUCCAAUGUCUGAUUCUGUCACUUGCUAUGUAAUGCUUCCUAUUCUUUCUUACCCCUGUAGUUUAACCCCUAUUGCCUCAUUAACACUACUCCCACCUUCUUGACCUUUUGGAUUCCAGACUCCGUCGCUGUUCUCCUCUGGGGAGGGAAAUGUAAAGCCACAUCUCCACUGACCAAUCAGGAAUUAGGACUGUGUCGUGUGUGCACAACUACUGUGUGAACAUGUACAUACGCAUAUUUAAGCAACAUGCCAUCCGUAUUGUACGCAUGUGCCGGAUCAUUUGAGGUGUCCUUGGGGGGGAGAAUCCCAUUAACGAGACAUAAAAAGGAGCAAUUAAGACUGAGGCCCACCCAUGUCAUUAUUAUCCCUCAUUAGGAGUCUCAAUGCUUUUCAUUGCUAAACAUGCUGCUUGUUCCCUUAAACUGCAACAUGGAACCCAAACACUCCUGUAAAUAGCAAAUGUUCAUCCUUUAUACAUUUCAGUUUGAAGCAGUGUCUAAUGAGCAGAGACCCCCCUCAAAUACACGUAUGGGUUCCUCUGCUCCCUUCUCCCAGGGAAGAGCUUGCUGCAGUCUCUCUCCUUGUGGAAGGAUGUCAGUAUUUGAGACCUGUGGAAAUUCUAUUUUGCUCUGUCAGAUGGUGGUUGGAGAGGGUUGUCCUGAGUUUUAGAAAUGCCUUUAGGUUCCUAGUGGGUUAAGCCAGGGCCGUAUUGCUUCCUUUUACAUCUUCCUCUUUGUGCAGGGAGUGUUUAGGAGGAAGGAAAUGCACUUUUACGCUUGGAGGGGACUGCCCAGCACAUGACAUUCUUCUCGGCUGCUGUCCCAGGCACUUUGCCAUUUAAUGAUUUACAGCCCCAGCAAGAUGGCCGGUGGCUAUUUGUAGCCUUAGUGGCCUGCAUGCUUCAGACCCAGACGUCCCUCAACUAACAGCCCUAUUGAACUAGCAGAACUCAGAUGUAGGUGGGCAGGUAGGGCGCCAUAUUGAGUUGAAUGUAGGAUUAUGUCUGUUCUUUUGCACAAUAAUAUUAUGGAAUGAAUCUGUUUCGCCAAACAUCAUCUGAUUAAUAGGGGGUUAAGCUCAGCCCAUGUGAUCUACCUCCCUCUCUGUGAAACAGGAAUGUGAACUGGUUGUUGGCGGAGGUGCAGUUAACCUGUUGUAAGGCUACAGCAUCUAAGGGGCUCACAGGAAGGUAAUAGGUCUGAGCAAAUUCUCUGCAGGGGACUGACCGAUAUGUACUGCUUAGAUUUCAGCAUGAUUCUAUGGAGUCUGCUCUUGAUGUUUCUCGUUCAAAGCGAUCAUCUUCCAUUGGUGACAUCUGUAGAAAGCCACAACAGCAAUAAGUCACCCAGAUGGGGCUUCAAGUGAACGAGUCACUUGGUAUGGUCUCUUAAAGAAGUGGAACUGUAUCCUAAAGAAGAGGCCUACAAGGGACUUGGCCCUAAGAGUAUUUAUGCAUGGGUGCCAAGAAUCAGCCCUGCAUGGAAAUUGUAGUCACCCAAUUUGUUCUCCAGAAAUAGUUCCCUUUAAAGGACUUCUGUACAGAAUGAUAGUCUUGGCUUUUUAGCCAGAUAGGACUCUUGGAGAGCACUUCAACAGGAGAACAGAUAGAGCUCCUGCAGGAGAACUUGACUGUUGCCUGUAGAGGGCACCUACUGACAGUCAUUGAUGGUCAUUGAGAUAUGGCUAGAGAGAAUUUGUGCAGAGAGUGAUAUACUGGUUAUUAAGAGAGGGUUCAUACAGAAGAACUGCAUGGUCAACUGUUUGAAGGUCAUCUACAUAGAAUCAUAGAUGAUCAUUGAGAUACAUCUCCUGCAGGAGAACGUAGACCGCAUCCUUUUGAGGACAUCUACAGAGAAUCAUAGAUGCUCAUUAUGAAAGGCCUUCUGCGGGUGGGUCUACCUGAGACUGUCACCUGGAGAGGAUACUCACAGAGAAUGCUAGUCAUCCAGUGUGUUCUCCAGAAUCUGUUCCAUACAUGAAAAUGAUGGACCUGUCAGCCAUAGGGAUCAGUAGAGGAACCUGUGGACCCUGCAGGGAAUUAUGUAUUUAUUGAAUUCCGUUUCCUGUAGAAUGAAGCACUCACCCAAACAUUACUCUUGCAAAGGGGAGCCCUUUCUCCGCCCCUAGGGUGAACGUUCUACUCCCCAUCUUCGCUCACUGCGUUGUUUUGUUCUUUUAAUUUAUUUUUUUUUUCUUCCUUUGAGAAGGAAACUAACCAUUUUUCGGGCAGUGUAUAUUUUUCCUGGUAUUUGAAGACAGCAAAAUGUUUAACGAGAGAAAUAUCCUGACUCACAUCAGUGUUUUUAAUUUGUCGUUCUCGAGCUAACCACUCUAAUGUCGUUUGGUAACAGUCACCAUAGUGUAAUUAAUUGUAACAUAUUCUUUUAAAUAAAUCAGUUUAUUGAUGAGACUA